CAAGUACCUGCGUCAUAAACAGCAGCCGAGGCCAAAUCUUUCCUCCAGACAAUUGAUCUCGUGUACUUCCAAACCCCGGAUAAAUCUCCCCAACUUCUUUCCCUCCGCAUCUCACAUUAUACAACCUUAAAUAAAUUCACAACUCCGCCAUCACCGUCACCAUGGCCGAACUCCAGAACAGCAAGAAGACCUAUACCCUGGCCUCGGGCGACAAGAUCCCCGCCAUUGGCCUGGGAACUUGGCAAUCGCCCAAAGACCAAACCAUCAAUGCAGUAAAGUCGGCGCUGCAAUCAGGGUACCGAUACAUCGACACAGCAUUCGCAUACGGCAACGAGGAGCAAGUAGGCGAGGGCAUCCGCGCCUCGGGGGUGCCGCGUGAGCAGAUCUGGAUCACGACCAAGCUGGACAACCCGUGGCACAAGCGCGUCGCCGAGGGCAUCGACACCUCGCUCAAGAAUCUGGGCGUCGAGUACGUCGACCUGUACCUGAUGCACUGGCCCUGCAGUACCGACCCGGACGACCUCCAGAAGCACCUGCCCGACUGGGACUUCAUCAAGACGUGGGCCGAGUUGCAGAAGCUGGUUGGCACUGGCAAGGUGCGGAACAUUGGUGUUAGCAACUUUGGCAUCAAGAACUUGGAGAAGUUGCUUAACGACCCUUCGUGCAAGCACACGCCUGCUGUCAACCAGAUUGAGUUGCAUCCCAAGAACUCUUCACCCAAGCUGGUUCAGUACUGCAAGGAGAAGGGUAUCCACGUCACUGGAUAUUCAUGCCUCGGCAGCACCAAGCUGGAAAUCUACAAGGAGCCCGAGGUCACCUCCGUCGCCGACCAAGUUUCUAAGAGGAUUGGCAAAGAAGUCACACCGCAGCAGGUCAUGCUGCAGUGGGGUAUUCAGAACGGCUGGGAUGUCAUUCCCAAAAGUGUAACCCCAGAGCGUAUUGCGGCAAACUUCGCGUUGGACGGCUGGUCCCUAGAGAAGGACGAGUUGGAGAAGGUGACCAGCCUUGGGGCGACUGAGUCGAAGGGGAAGAUGUGCGGCGAUGAUUGGUUGCCUAUCAAGGUCUUCUUCGGUGAUGAUUAUUAAGCCACCAGAGAAUAUAUUUACGACGUGAUGCCCCCAACAAGCCAGCGCUCGGAGUAUAUGUGUUAGACAUAGAAUACAAAAUAAUUCACGUGAUCCAAAACCUCAAUAAAACA